AUGCCAUAUGUCCGCUACUUCAAAUACAUCGUCCCCCUGCAGAUCGCGACAGGACUACUCAGUCUGGUCAUCAUCUUCAUAGUCUUCAUCGGCCUCAAAGUAGACGGUCCCCACUUACCACCACCCGACCUCAACAGCACCAAUGGCACCAUCACCACACCACCUCCACCCACCAGCUCGAACCAAACAACAACCAGAACAGAAGAAACCAUUGCCACAAGCAGCGAGGGCAACUUCCUGACUUAUGAACAACUCUCCAUCAGCAUCCUCGUCGUCAUCGGCUGUGUCAUCUCUCUCCUAGCCCCCUACCGUCUAAAACCCAACUACCGGUUCUCCAUGGUCUGGGUCAUGUGUAUCGCAGGACUCGUCGCGGGGGUCUCACAGUUAAUCAUGAUUGGGUUACGGGGUGGAUGUUCGGCUGCGUAUUACAAGGAGCAACAGUCGAGGUGUUCGAUUCAGUUGGCGGUGUCGACGAUGGAUUUGAUGUGGGUUGUAAUGUUGUUAAUGGAGGGGGUGUUGAAUUAUCAGAGGUGUGUUGAUAAGGAUUUCCAGACGCGGUUGAGGGAGCAGGAGGAGGUGGGGUCGGAGAGGUGGAGGUGGAGUGUUACGAGUGUGGUGUAUAAUCCGGAUGUGGAGUUGGCUCAACGGCAGCAGCGAAUUGAGGAGGAGGAGGAACGAGAGGCUUAUGCUGCUGAGGUGGCCAGAGGAGAGGGAGGAGAGCAUGGGGAUGAUGAAGGAAGCGAUGUUGAUAGAAAUCUGGAGGAAGGCGAGACUGGACCUACAGGAGAGUCUUCAACAGGACGAAGGAGGAGGACCGCGAGGAGAUUGGCGAUUCAGACUCCGGUCGAGGUGGAACCAUUGCCCAAGUACAAGCCCAAACCUGCAAUUGGACAGCCCCGGAUCCAUGACCUUGGAAACAUGCCUCUUCCACCGUCGUCACCGUCGACCCCAUCCUUUCCCGUGUUGCCUCUUGAACCGACUUCGUUUUCGUCUUUGCCACCUUCCCCUGAAGGGGUAUUGCCUUCGACGUCGAUGACGAUAACGACAAGCACAGGAGGAACGGAUUCAGGAGUAACGGCAGGAACAGGAACAGAAACAGGGACAGGAAUUGGAUCAGGAAUUGGAUCAGGGGCAGAGGGCACGAUACCUUCGUCUCUCCCUCCCUCCUAUUCGGCCUAA